AUGUCACAACCAUGGGAUUAUAUCGCCAAGCUCGUUUGCAUUGGUGACUCUGGCACGGGCAAAUCCAGUCUCACAAUCAGGCUCUGUGAGGGCCGUUUCUCGCCUCACCAUGACGUGACAAUCGGUGUGGAAUUUGGAUCUCGCAUUGUCGCUGUUGGGCCACCCGCCUCCAAUUCCACCUCCUCGAACCCUCAAGAUCCUGCGCAUCCGUUGGGCGAAGUCAAGCAGAAACGCAUGAAGCUCUCUCUCUGGGACACGGCAGGUCAAGAAACCUACAAAUCGAUAACCAGAUCCUACUUCCGUGGUGCUUCCGGAGCCCUGCUAGUUUACGAUAUAACUCGGCGAUCGACCUUCGAGCAUGCAACGGCCUGGUUACAUGACCUCAGACAGAUUGCAGAGGAGAAGAUUGUCGUUAUCCUCGUGGGCAACAAAAGUGAUUUGGCUUCGUCAACCACCGUUACUUUAGGCAUAGCGAGUGGCGAGGCGCAAGGAUUGGAAGCCACAAAUAAAAGGGCUGUGACCGUUGACGAAGCAGAAGAGUGGUGCAAAAAGAACGGGGUGAUGACGUACGUGGAGACUUCUGCGAGGAGUGGGCAGAACGUUGAGAAAGCGUUUUUGGAAGUAGCGGAACGAAUAUAUGAGAAUGUGGAGCGGGGAAGGUAUGAUUUGAAUGACCGGAGGAGCGGUGUUCGGGGACCAGGAGCUGGUGCCGCAGGGAAGGGUGGAGGCGGGACUGUGAGGGUAGGGAUGAACGAUAUCGGCGGGGGAAAAGGUGGGAGAGGGUGGGGUGGAGGGUGUUGCUGA